AUGGGAAGCUACUACGAGAUUUUGGGUGUCGAGGUGACAGCAAGCGAUCACGAGAUCCGAAAGGCCUACAAGAAACUGGCUAUGAAAUAUCAUCCUGACAAGAACCCUGACGAGGGGGAACGGUUCAAGGAAAUCUCUCAUGCUUAUGAAGUACUAUCUGAUCCACAACGACGUACGGAGUAUGAUCAAUUUGGAGAAGAAGGACCUCGUGGUGGUGGAGGUGGAUUUGGUGAAGGCAUGUCAGCCGAUGAUCUCUUUGAACAAAUGUUUGGCGGAGGAUUCUUUGGUGGUGCUAGCUUUGGUGGUGGCAGCUUCGGUGGCGGUGGUGGAGCUCCUCGACGACGUAAAGGCGAGAAUAUGAAAUACCCAUUGAAGGUUUCAUUGGAAGACUUGUAUCUCGGCAAACGUACAAAGAUGGCAUUGGAAAAGAGCGUUAUUUGCAACAAGUGCAAUGGUCGCGGUGGCAAGACAGGUGCUGUACGUCCAUGCAAAGACUGCAAAGGCCGUGGUUUCCGGGUUGCUGUGCGACAAAUGGGAAUGGGUCUUAUGCAACAAAUGCAAGUUCCUUGUGAUACAUGUCAUAGCACAGGCGAGAUUGUCAAGGAUCGAUGCAGACGUUGUCGUGGACGAAAGGUGGUGGAUGAAAAGAAAUUCUUGGAUGUAUACGUAGAACGUGGUAUGGCUGAAGGACAACGUAUUUGUAUGCGUGGUGAAGGUGAUCAAGAGCCUGGCAUAGAACCUGGAGAUGUCAAUUUGGUGUUGGAGCAAAAGGAACAUGACGUCUUUGAGCGUAAGGGUGCUGAUUUAAUGUGUAACGUCAAAAUCAGUCUUGGUGAAGCCUUAUGUGGAUUUGACCGUAUUGUGGUGCGUCACCUUGAUGGACGUGGUAUUCGAGUUGCAAGCAAACCUGGCCAAGUGAUUCAACCUGGUAUGAUCAAGCGUGUUCCAAAUGAAGGCAUGCCUAUCUAUAAACGCCCCGAUUCGCAUGGUGAUCUUUAUAUCCGCUUCGAAGUCGAAUUCCCAUCGGAUGGAUUUGCUGCCACAGAACAACUUGCCUCGCUUCGUAACGUUUUCCCACCUUCCACAGCCGCUGCAAUGACUGAAGAUCAAUUCGAUAUUGUGGAUGAAUGUGGUUUAAUGACUGCCGACUUAUCAGCUUAUGGAUCUACUGGUUAUUCUCGACAAGCUUAUGAUGAAGAUGAUAGCGAUGAAGAAGAACGUGGUGGUCCUGGAGUUAGCUGUGCACAGCAAUAA